CGCAGACUGCGCAGGCGCCACGCGGGACCGCGGAGGCCCAGCUGGGCAUUUGAAGCGAGGCGAGAGCUUGGGAGGGUACCUGGGCCGCCGGGCUCUUGGCACUGGCAGUCGCCACCACCACCGGCCUUCGGAGACUGGUCGGGGUCCGCCGCGCUUCCGCCUCGUUCCAGACUUCUAUGGAUGUUAAAUUACCACUUAAUAUAAUGUCAAGAAACUUGGAAGCAUCUACUUGUCAAAUGGCAGAGCCAUUUAAUUUUGAAGAAGGUGAAGUCAAGCUUCCAUCACACGAUUCUGUGAGAACUCCUGGAGGACAUCAUAACCAUCCUAAUUUCAGGUUGAAAAGUCCAGAGAAUGGAAAUGAGAACAAUUUUUUGCUUUGUGAGCAAACCAGACAGUAUUUAGCUAGUCAAGAAGACACUUCAGUAUCUUCAAGUGCUGGUGGCAUCAAUGGUGAGGUGGUUGGAUCCAAAGAAAACAGAAAGGCAGGAGACUCACUGUCACCAUUAAGUGUGGGAGAUAAUUUACCACCCCGAGAAGAAAAACCUACGCCUACCAAUAAUGUGCCUUCUCUGAAGUCAAAAAAAUCACACCAGUUUAAGAAUUCCUUGUCUAUAAAUAAUCCAGCACUUUUCAACUCUUUACGACUUCCUUUUCGGUCAACAACUUGCCAUCGCUGUGGCCUUUUUGGGUCACUGAGGUGCUCUCAGUGCAAGCAGACAUACUACUGCUCCACGGCGUGUCAGCGGAGGGACUGGUCCACCCACAGCAUUGUGUGUAAACCUGUCCAGCAAAAUUUCCACAAACUUGAAGACAAUAAGCCACCUUUUGAAACAAACAUGGAAGUGAAAAAUGAGAGUGACUGUCCACCUGGGGUUACUAAAGAAAUAGCCAGUGGUGCCGAGAAAAUAAUGUUUUCUGAUUUGAAAAGUUUACAUCUCAAGAAAACCAUGGAAAUAAAGGGUACAGUUACUGAAUUCAAACACCCAGGUGACUUUUAUGUCCAGUUGUAUUCUUCAGAAGCUUUAAAACACAUGAACCAACUCUCUGCAAGCUUAAGAGAAACAUACGAAAAUGUGGUGCAUGAAGAUUAUACUCCUAUUAAGGGGGAAGUUUGUGUUGCCAAGUACACUGUUGAUCAGACCUGGAAUAGAGUAAUAAUACAAGAUGUUGAUAUGCUGCAGAAGACAGCACAAGUCUUGUAUAUUGAUUAUGGAAAUGAAGAAAUAAUUCCACUAAACAAAAUUCACCAACUAAAUAGAAACAUUGAAUUGUUUCCUCCUUCUGCUAUAAAGUGUUUUGUGGCCAGUGUUGUCCCCACAGAGGGUAUGUGGAGCAAUGAUUGUAUCAAAACUAUUAAAUCACUGUUGAUAGAGCAGUACUGCUCUAUAAAGAUUGUCGACAUCUUAAAAAAGGAGGAGCUUACCUAUGCUGUAGAUGUUGUGCUGCAGACUUCAGGAGAAUUUUUAGACCAUGUCCUGGUAGAAAUGGGAUAUGGUUUGAAAGCCACAGGACAAAAUUCUAAGAAGCAAUGUACAGAUCAAAGUGAUCCUGAAGGUGUUGGAAGGAUGACACCUGAAAACAAAACCGGUGUAGACAAAAGUGACCUAAUCCCCAAAGUGCUCACUUUGAAUGUAGGUGAUGAGUUCUGUGGUGUGGUUGCCCACAUUCAGACACCCGGGGACUUCUUUUGCCAACAACUACAAAGUGGCCAUAACCUUGCUGAACUUCAGACAUCCCUCAGUGAGUACUGCAAUCAGGUGUGUCCACGGUCCAACUUUUAUCCAUCCAUUGGAGAUAUAUGUUGUGCUCAGUUCUCGGAGGAUGACCAGUGGUACCGUGCCUCUGUUUUGGCCUAUGCCUCUGAAGAAUCUGUACUGGUUGGAUAUGUCGAUUAUGGAAACUUUGAAAUCCUUAGUUUGACAAGACUUUGUCCCAUAAUUCCAAAGUUGCUGGAAUUGCCAAUGCAAGCUCUAAAGUGUAUGCUGGCAGGAGUCAAGCCAACAUUAGGAAUAUGGACUCCAGAGGCUAUUUGUCUUAUGAAAAAAAUUGUACAGAACAAAAUGGUCAUAGUGAAAGUGGUGGACAAGUUGGAAAACAGUUCCCUGGUGGAACUUACAGAUAAAUCUGUGACACCUGUCAUCAGUGUUGCUAAAGUGCUCAUAGAUACUGGUUUUGCCAUAGACGGAAAGGAAACAGUGACAGAUAAACCCAGUGUUCCCUUGGGUACAGAGGGAAAAGUAAAUCCGUUGGAGUGGACAUGGGUCGAACUUGCUGUUGACCAAACCGUAGAUGUUGUGGUCUGCAUGAUGUAUAAUCCUGGAGAAUUUUAUUGCCAUAUCCUGAAGGAUUAUGCCUUGGAGAAGCUCAAUGAUUUGAAUAAAUCUUUAGCAGAAUAUUGCCAGCAGAAGUUACAUAAUGGUUUUAAGGCAGAAAUAGGGCAACCUUGUUGUGCUUUUUUUGCAGGUGAUGGUAACUGGUAUCGUGCUUUGGUCAAGGAAAUCUUACCAAAUGGAAAUGUUAAAGUACAUUUUGUCGAUUAUGGAAAUGUUGAAGAAGUUACUACAGAUGAACUCCAAAUGAUAUCAUCACAAUUUUUAAAAUUUCCAUUUCAAGGGAUACAGUGCUGGUUAGUAGAUAUACAGCCUAGAAACAAAUACUGGACUAAAGAAGCCAUCGCAAGAUUUCAGAUGUGCAUUACGGGAGUUAAACUCCAAGCCAGGGUGGUUGAAAUCACUGAAAAGGGAGUGGGCGUUGAGCUCACUGACCUUUCCACUUCAUAUCCCAGAAUAAUUAGUGAUGUUCUGAUUAGCGAGCAUCUGGUUUUAAAAGCUGGCUCCCCGUCUAAGGAUUUGCCAAAUAACAGACCUGUUAAUAAACACAAUCAGGAAAUUGACACCCAGGAGCUUCAAGCUUUCUCUUCAGCAGAGCAGUGGAAGACGAUAGAACUGCCAGUUAAUAAAACUGUGCAAGCAAGCAUAUUAGAAAUCAUAAGCCCUAACUUGUUUUAUGCUAUCCCAAAUGACAUGCCAGAAAACCAAGAAAAAUUGUCUAUUCUGACAGCUGAAUUGUUAGAGUAUUGUGAUGCUCAGAAAAGCCAGCUGUCUUACAGACCGAGCAUUGGGGAUGCGUGCUGCGCCAAAUACACAAGUGAUGAUUUCUGGUACCGUGCGGUUGUUCUGGAGACAUCAGGUUCCGAUGUGAAAGUGCUCUAUGCAGACUAUGGAAACAUUGAAACGCUGCCUCUUUCCAGAGUACAGCCAAUUACUGCAAGCCACCUGGAAGUCCCUUUCCAAAUUAUCAGAUGUUCAUUUGAAGGACUGGUGGAAUUGAAUGGAAGCUGUUCUCAGUUAAUAAUAGAGCUACUAAAAAAUUUCAUGUUGAAUCAAAAUGUAAUGCUUUCUGUGAAAGAAAUUACUAAGAAUGUUCACACAGUGUCAGUUGAGAAAUGUUCUGAGCAUGGUACUGUCAGUGUAGCUGAUAAGCUGGUGAAGUAUGAUCUGGCAAAGAACAUCACAUCUAAAACGCAAAAUGCUUUCCAUAAAGAAAAGACGCACAGGAUGAGUUGCUGCUGCACAGAGUUACAGGAACAAGUUAAAAAACAUGAACAGAUUCUGUUCUUCCUCUUGAACAAUCCAACCAAUCAAAACAAAUUUAUUGAAAUGAAAAAGCUUCUAAAAAAAACAGUGCCUUUUGGAAGUAAACACUAAUGAGGAUGGAAACAAGAAAGGCUAGACUGAAGAGAAAAUGUACUUCGUCUUGCUUAGUUUAAUUUUUUGGAAUCUUCAUCUACUUUUUUUUUUGAUGACCUUCUUAUGCCUCCGUUUUUGCUUGCUUCUUUUAGUUUGAGGCUUUUUCCUCCAUAAAUUCUUCCCACCAGAUAAAUAAAUUUGGUAUAAAAGAUUUAUACUAAAUUCAUGGGAAUAUCUGAAAGCAAUAGAGGCUUUCCACUGUAUAUGUAAUUUGUUGUUUUUGCCAUGGAGGAAAUAAAACUAUGGCCUCACACAUGCCAGGCAAGCGCUCUACCACUGAGUUACACGCUAGUCCUCUGAUGUUUUAUUACUGAAAGUAUUGAAGAAAAUAUGGUUCCGUGUUAAUACUGGAUAAGUAGGGUGGAUAUAGAAGUUUUAUGAUUAUCUGUAUGUUUAUUUUUUAAUAAGGUAUUCCCUGCAUUCCUUGUCAUCAUCGUCCAUGUCAUCAAGGCUCCUUGCUUUUUCCCUCCUUCACCACUGCUCUCAUCUUGUCUGCACUGAGGUCAUCAGCUGCUUUCUCCGUCCUUGAUUGGAUUGGUUGUUGUUUUUUUUUUUUUUGGCUUUUGGGCCUGGAGUCUGUCCUUGAUCUGUGGACCACUUCCCCUGGGAAAGGACUUUAUCUUUCUGCUCUUGCCAUCCAUUCUCUUCCAAUUUUGUAGCCAGUUAGAUUUUUACUGUAGAAAGAAUUGAGUUUUCUCCUUGGGCGUGAUGGUACACACCUGUAAUCCCAGUUCCUGGGGAAGAUGGGACAGGAGGGUCACAUGUUUGAGCCCAGCCUGGACAAUUUAGUGAGAGCCUAUCUCAAAAUAAAAAGAUUAAGAGGCCUGGAAGUGAGGGUGGGGCAUAGGGGUGUGCUCAGUGGUAGAGCACCCUGGGUUCUAAAGCAUAAAUACAGUAGUAUGUAUUUGUCUUGAAGCACAUAAUCUUAUAUUCUGAACUCACAUGUGCAGAAUUUCAGGCCAACUGGAGGGUUUCCUGCCAGCCUCAAAGUUUCUAUUUGGAAAAUUUUCCAUGAUUUAAAUCAGACUGUGACAAUGUAAGAUGUCACCACCUCAGAGCAGAUCUUAAAAGACUGGUGUGGGUUUUUUGUUGUUGUUUUGCUUUUACUGGCAGUGUCUAUCACCUGUUCUGUUCAACGGAAUUUUUCUGUGUGUAAAACGUUGUUCAAAAACUGAUGUGGUUUCUAUUUAGAUAAAAGAUUAUGCUGCUUUGCCCAAUAAAGUCCUUUCACUUGUCAA